AUAAACAGUAAUCAGCUGUUUCCUCGCGCGGUUGCAAAUCUCGGGUUUCGCGAUUUUGUUCGACUCGCCGGUUUCGGAGUUUUUAAGUGUUUUUUUGUUGUGUGAUUUGAGUUUAAAUAGAUUUUUAUUGGUAUUUUCAUUCCGACUUUAAUUUUGUGCAUCGUGCAUUGAAAUCUUUCACUCAAAAAAGUGCCAUUUCAAAGUGUGAUUCUUCCUUCAAACUCAUCACCGAUAAAAAUGCUUCGCUUGACAAAAAGUUUACCUUCGUUGGUUAACAGUAAAGCAUUCGUGAGACGAACGUAUGCCGAUUUAUCUAAGUUAAGCCCCCUGGUGGACAUCGAUCCCCGUGUGCACGAGGCCCUGCGCGGUUCUCCCGGAUCGGUGGUGGCCCUCGAGUCCACCAUCAUCACCCACGGCAUGCCGUACCCCCACAACCUGGAGACGGCCCUCGAGGUGGAGCAGAUUGUUCGUCAAAAGGGCGCCAUCCCGGCCACCAUCGCCAUCGUGGACGGUCGCAUCAAGGUGGGCACCACGGCGGACCAGUUGGCACGGUUGGCCCAAUCCGACACGAUUAAAACCUCGCGCCGUGAUUUGGCGUUCGUACUGGGCAAGGGAUUAAGUGGCGGCACGACCGUUGCCGGUACGCUGCUCAUCGCGGACAUGGUCGGCAUCCGGGUGUUUGCGACGGGUGGCAUCGGGGGUGUGCACCGCGGAGGUGAGGACUCGCUGGACGUGUCGGCGGAUUUGGUGGAGUUGGGGAGGACGCCGGUGGCGGUCGUUUCCAGCGGGGUCAAGUCGAUUUUGGACAUUCCGCGGACGUUGGAGUACUUGGAAACGCAAGGAGUUUGUGUCGCCUCGUACGGGAGUUCCGAGCGGGACUUUCCGGCGUUUUACACCCGGCGCAGUGGAUCGAAGGCCGUCUAUAAUUUUGACAGUGCUGGCGAGGCGGCUAACGCGAUUAGUGUCAACGGGGCGCUCGGGUUGAGGUCCGGAUUUUUGAUUGGUGUUCCCAUCCCGACCGAGCAUGCCCUAGACCAGGCGCUCAUGGACGGCGCCAUCGCUGAAGCCCUUGCGGAAGCGACGCGACAGAACAUCGGCGGCAAAGAGGUGACCCCGUUCAUUCUGGCGGCGGUGUCCAAAAUUACCCAAGGAAAGAGUUUGCAAUCCAAUAUGGCACUGAUUAAGAAUAAUGCGAGCGUGGCGGCGGAAAUCGCCGUCGAGUUGAAUCGGAUUGAAAGCGGUCAAGUGAAAAGUGUGUCUGAGAGGAGCACGGCAAGCAGCGGGAUUAGUAGCAGCAGUCAGCGAGUGCCGGUUGUAAUAGGCGGAUCGAUCGUCGAUACUUGCAUCUCGGUGUUGGAUGACGAUUUAAAGCUGGACGGCGCAACUUAUCACGCCAACGUGAACAUUGCUGGCGGUGGCGUAGGACGAAACAUCGCCGAGGGCAUCUGGAAAAUCUACGGCGAUGUCCGUCUUGUUUCGGCCGUUGGCACGGAUCAGAACGGUGACCUCAUCAAACGCUUGCUACCCGACCACUGCCGGACCCCGGUGCUAACCACCGCUGACUAUCCGACGGCCAACUGCUCGAUCCUGCUGGACAACCGCGGGGACUGCAAGCUGUGCGUCGGGGACAUGUCCGUCCACGGGGCCAUCUCGGUUGACUGGAUCAAUUCACACCGGGACCUGAUUCGGGACGCUCCGCUGGUGGUGCUGGAUGCCAACGUGAGCCUCGCCACUAUGGAGGCCAUAUUUGAGCUUUGCGUCCAGCAUGAGAAACCGGUGUUCUUCGAACCCACGGACAUGCGAUUCGCGGCCAAACCCUUCAACGCUUCCACCUUGGCAGCCAAGGCCAUCCGCUUCAUCAGCCCGAACCUGUACGAACUACGGGAAAUUGCUCGGAACCUGCGCUACGACGGCUCGGUUGCCACUACCCAGGUCGAGGACAUCGAACUGACCGAGUUGCUGCGCGAAGUUCGCCUUCUCGGAGGUUUCGUCAACCGUCACGUGGACAACGUGAUUGUCACGCUGGGCGCGUACGGCGUCGUGGUGAUUCGCCGAACUUCGGAACAGAUUCCGUUUUUCAACGGGGACACUGGUCACUACAAAUCGGUGGGAUCCGGCUCUGUAACGCAGUGUCGAUUCUACCGGGGUCGCGUGUUGGAUCGUAUUGUGAACGUUUCCGGUGCCGGGGAUAGCUUCACCAGUGGCUUUGUGGCGGCCAUGUUGGACGGCCAACGGGAGUCGGUUUGUGUGAAUGUUGGUUUUGAAGCGGCCUACUGUGCGCUGGGGUCCAAGGGAGCCGUUGCCGAGAGAUAUUUUGAUCGCGGCCACUCCUGCUGGAAGCAGGCCAAUGAAGCCCCUUUCAUCACCGUUGACGAGUGAGAAGCGUGGGAAAUGUUUCCGAACGACAAAUUGCAUUUAGCACCUGCAUUCUUUUUUUACCUCAAUGUGUUUCCCGGUUGGGAAGCCGAUAAGAUAAGUUUUUUGUCUCCACUUCAAAUAUCUUUUCUAUAGCGCAAAAAGUUUACAACCUGCCAACAAUAGAACAAUCAAGAUGUA